AUGGUUGAAGUUGAAGACUUGAACUCAAACGAUGAAAGACUUGUUGGUAAUCUGUCGGAUGAAAAUAUAGAACUUUGUAUAUAUCGAUUGGAUACUCAUAUUCCAACUGAGGAGCCGCUUACAUUUGACGAAAUUGUUGGCCUGGUCAACGCAGAAGAUACAGAAAAUACAGAAGAUACUAUUGACGAUUUCGAUGAAGAAACAUCACCUGUGCAACUGAAAGAAGCUCGAAUAGGGUUGGAAAGUGCUUUUAAAUUUUUCGAGCAGCAACCAAACAAUGUAGGCAUAGAUGUUAGUGAUUUGCGUGUUUUCCGCGAUGCUAGUUAG